AUGCCUAAAGAUUCUUCCGGUCGCUGUCCUCCUUGGCCGCCAGAAAACGGCAUUUCAAUCGCUCUGAAGAUAUAUGAGGGCAAGAUGGCCCGUUCCAUGUUAGGAGGUGAAGAAGCAUGCUUGCUACUUUACUUCUUCAUCACGUUUGAUGAUCAAGGGGUGAAGCCCUUAAAAACUCAAAAAUGGGUCAACAAUAAAACGGACGGAAAAAACGCAAACCUCUCUCCUUCCCUUUCAAUUAUCGAUGGCCAUAUCAGAAGCUCUGAUGGAGCAUUCUUCGUCGCCGCCGCCGCCUCCUCCUCCAAUUACGCUGAGAUAGAGGCACUUUUGCUGCCGCCUCCACCCCUCCAUGCCCCACUCCCUGCCUUUUUCACAACUCAAGUUGAAAUUUUGGGGUUCCAAUUAGUUUCUAUUAGUCUUUUUCCUUCCCCUCUUUGUGAACAAAAGAAUUGCUCCGCUACCUGCGGCCAUGGCGAAUUUUCGGAUGCAAAAGUAAAUUGCAGUACUAGGGAACAAGUUUUCUUGGAUGGAGAUGCGUCGCAAUCAACUUUUUAUUCUGAGAAGACAAAUGCUGCUAUCCAACUAUCUGCAACGGGGAACAAAGAAGCUAGGAACAACCAAAUGACCCUUACUUGGAUGAAGUUGAUGCUGAGAUGCGAAGAGUACAACAUGAGGUUGAUGAUGAAGAUGAAAUGGAAGAUGAAGAUGAGGAAAAUGGAAUGGAAGAUGAUGGUCCAAAUAAUGAUGGUGGUGUAAAUGCUGUUAAUGAGAAUCGAAUUCGAACAGUACAACCAACUAGUGAGUGGACACAAUUUAGGAAUGCUUUAGCACGAGCAAUUUAUU